AUGGCGACUGCCAGAGCACACCACGUUGACCCAGUGGAAAGAUUGCAAGAAGAACUCAAAGCUUGGAAGCACGAUCACCCAAAGGUCGGUAAAACCAGCUUUUAGAUUAUUUAAACUACUCUGUGAAGUUGAUCAGUGAAAGUUUUGUAAAUUCUGCAUUAUCUGCAAGGCAACUCCUGCAUGUCAUUCUUGAGUUGUCACUUUCCAAAAUAAGUUAUAGAGUCUGUUAUUACCUUCUCUUUUUUAGGAUUUUAUGGCAGACCCUGUCAAGAAGGACAAUGGAGAAAUCGACUGGCUAACGUGGCAGUGUGGUGAUUAUGAAGAUCAAUAAUUAUUUGUUAAAUUAUUUCUUGCACCUAUAAGAGCUAGCUAUGGGACAUUCCAUCUUUUAAGCAACCCUCCCCCUUCCCCCAUAGAUGGCGGUUUUGACAGGAGGGGUUCGGAUUCCUCCGAAAUUGGACUCUUUGGACAUGUUUUCAAAAAGACCGGAAAAAGAGUAACUGCGAAGGUACUUCAUUGUUAAAAGGGUAUGUGCUGACAGAAAAUUGAGGCUUUGGAUUUCAGCCAUAUUUAGGGGGGUAGGGGUUGUGGAUAAAAAAGUGGAACUGCGAAUUCCCUCUGAUGGUUUCUUGCCUCCCCCACACACGUCUUUGGGGGUUCAUCAGGCAGGAACGCGUGACAAACCCCUAAGAACGUCUGCGGGGGAGGGUAGAUGGUUUCAUAAUUUGCAGGGUUUGUUGUUUAAAAGCUUAUAUUUUUUAAAUUGCUAAAUUUCUAAUUUUUCAUAAUAUCUGAUUUACCAAACAGCUAUUCCAGGACCCAAGAAGGUAUAGUAAAAAUGUGUAUUGUGUCUAAUAAUUUUCUGCAGGUUUUUGUCCCCACUUCCUGCACCCCCAUGUUAAGCCAAAGCCCUAGGGAUUUUCUCCUCUGAUGAAGGAGAAAGAAAGUGCUCCCAGAUGCUGCAAUCAACUGUAUGUCUUGAUUUUUACAUUUGGUCUUUUUUGCUGUUUUCCUUGUAUUUCCUUUAUUUAUUAAACCUUUUUUUUCUAUUUCCAUUUUGCUCUUCAGACCCUCUGGGAAGGUGGUUUUUACAAGUUGCAGCUUACAUUCCCUCAAGACUAUCCUUUUUCACCACCUAAAUGUGAGUUAUGUUCAGAAAUAAGAAAUAAUAGAAGACAUUGACCAAGGCCAUGCCCAGUUGCAGUGUUAUGUGCUGGCAGCCUGAAGAGUGCCCCCUUACUGCCAUCCCCCCAUCUCUCUCUCAAAGUUUCCAUUGGGAAAUACUUGAAUGCAAGGCUGUGCUCUAAUGAAAAUUGAAGGGGGCCCAAAAAUACGAUGAACCUGUAAAAUUUAGGGUGCCCAGCAUAUGAUUUGAAUGAAAAAACUAAAGAUUUUCUAGUUGCCCGAGGGCAAAAGUUAGGCGCCAGGGGCCACUGGGCUCUGCUAGAACACAGCCCUGUGAAUAUACUUGCUGGGGAUAGAUUCCUUGGUUUGUUAGUGCCUUACAUGUAACAUUUAUAGUGGGACAGUAUUGCAAAAUGUUCAUUUGUUUCAGGUGUAUUCAAUCCUGUGAUACUACAUCCAAAUGUGUUUCCAUCUGGUAAAGUAUCUUUAUCACUGAUUGACAAAAACAAAGGAUGGAAGCCUCAAAUCACAACCAAGGAGGUACCAGUGGUUUCUUACACAACAAAUUUUUACAUUGUACAGUGUUAGAUUCAUAGUACAGUGAAGAUUUCUUAAGCAUUUCUUCAUGCGCCGGUCAUGAACACACCAACUGGCCAUAAUAUUGUGAUCAUACUAUUUUGAUCUAAACCCUGGAAAAAUAAAACCUAAAAGAUACCAAGGUUAUUAAUAACAUCAUGGAAGGUAUUUCUACUGGGAAAUGGAUUUGACAUUUACUCAAAGAGAAUAACAAUAUUGUAGUAUUCACACUUUAGGCCGAGAGGUACAUUUUGUUGUAUUGAAUACUCCUACAUCACUAAAAGUUCUUCUCAAUUUCCAGGUACUCCUCGGGAUUCAGCUGCUUUUAGGUGAACCCAAUUUUCAGGAUCCAGCUCAAGCAGAAGCCUAUGUAGUUUAUAGGUUAGUUCAACUUUUUUCCUUGGUUACACUAGUCAGUCUUCUUCCCAGAAAUUACUACUUUUGAAGCAGUGUUAGGCCAAUGUUGCAUCCAUUAAGAUUUGUCCUACUAUUAGUGUUUUAGUUUUCUCAAAGAUACAGAGAAGUAGAUUGAGUCAAACAGGAUAUCAACUAUUCCAAGUGUGGAGGGCAAAAGAAAAAUAAUGUUUUUCUCAUUAGGGUAUCUUGCCUUGCAAGGCAAUAAUUAUUUUAAUCUUCUGUUCUUUUCUUUUAAUAAAUAAUUUGUUUGAAAGAAUGUUUGGAAAAAAAGGUACAAAUUGACACCAGGUUUAAUAUGAAAAUUUCCCCUUGAAACAAGGCAAAAUAGAUUGUAAGGAGAAUCUAACAUUUUUUUAGAACACACUAGAGGUUUUAUGGUGUAUUUCAGGCACCCGUUCUUUUUAUUGUACAUUGUAUAGAUCUUUUGGAAUUUAGAGAAUACUGAUAGUCCAUUCAUUCCAUCUGAUACUAUCUGAGUCUGUGUUUUGUUCCAUAACAAAUUGGUCAUUGUGUGGAUCGGUUUUUACCAAGGGGAUCAUAAUAUUUACAAUCAAAUUAUUAUCGUUGCAGCCAAAAUCGAAUGGAAUAUGAAGAAAGAGUGAAAAAACAAGCAAAAGAAAUGGCUCCAAAUGGACUUGGAUAG